GCUACUAUAGUGUCAUACAUUCUCUUCCUGGUUAACAUAGUAUUAUGCUGCUUUCUCAAGCUUGUGUGGUAUGUAGAUCUGAUAAAAUUAAAAAGGUGGAGUUCUUUUUAUUAAUCCAACAAUAAUUGCAGGGACAUGGUUGAAGCACAAAAUGGCCAGGUUCAGAAUGGGUUAUUUUUGCUGCUUUGCUCUGUUUAAUUUGCUCUUCGUGUCACUAUUCUUCACCAAAUUCCUCACCUUCUUGUUUUCUAUCUACAGUGAAGGCUUAGAGACUCCUCAGAUGAUUGAGAGCAGCUACAGAGACAUAGAGACAGCCUUCCUCCCUCCAAAGCUAACCCCUUGCUACCAGACUGAUCCAAAGUGUCUGAGCCUUCUCUCUAAAGCGGAGAGAGACACUUACGAGUCUUGUACUCGCGGAGUUAGAAAAUCACUGCAAAAACUCAGACCAGUGAAAGAUGGGGACUGUCGUUUCGUCAGUAGCUCCUCAUCUUCCUCAUCAAACGUUAGAAGAGGACCAGUAGCACUGGCUUCCUUUCCUGGCAGUGGUAACACGUGGCUUAGAGGACUCUUAGAACUAGCCACUGGUGUAUGCACUGGUUCUGUUUAUUGUCACGCUCAUUUUAGGAUAAGGGGCUUCAAUGGAGAAGGGGUCCACAGUGGAUCGACGCUUGUCGUUAAAACUCACGAGUAUACUUACUCGUCUCAGUUUGUGUCCACAGUCUUUAUCAUUCGUAAUCCUUAUCAUGCUAUCAUUGCAGGAAGGACCACAGACCUUUUGGAAAUAAGUAAUGAUACGGAUCCAAAUGACUCACAUCUUAAAGUCCUCAGAAACAAGCAAAAAUAUUUUGGAUAUAACAAUAAAGACUGGGAUGACUACUUAAACUAUCACAUUAAGUGGUGGAGCAAGCUGAUACGGUAUUGGGUGGUGGGCUCCAGUGUACCAGUACUAGUGGUGAAGUUUGAGGACCUGAAACAAGAUCCUGUGCAAGAGGUAAAGAGGAUACUGGACUUCAUUAAUUAUCAACAACUAACUGUUGAGGAACUGAGCCUUAAGAUGAAAGAUGGAUUCAAUGCAUUUCAUAGAAACAAGACAGUUCCUGAUGAUAUUAAUAGGCUCUACACAAAGCAACAGAUUCACAUUGUGAAUGAGCACAUUAAGAAAGCUGAGGCAGCCAUAAAGAGAAGCAAAACGGGACAGAAUAUAUCAAUAGUAUCAUAUCUACAAAAAUUAUAGUGACACUCAGAUAUAUCUAUUAUUUAUUAGCACGAUUCAUUGAUUAAAUAUCAGGAUUUAAUUUAUAUUUCAAUCAUAUCAAAUUUUACAGACAAUUG